AUGGCUGAUAAAUAAUACAUGAAUAUACAUGUCCUCGUAGCAGAGGAUGACAAUUUCUAAAGGUUAGCUCUUAUAGACAUUUUAACUCUAUGCGAUUAUUAGGUCACUGCUGUGGAAAAUGGCAGAUUGGCUAGAGAUGAGCUUCUGAAAUAAGAUUCAAAUAUUGACAUAGUUUUAUUAGAUUUAUAUAUGCCAGAAAUGGAUGGAUUUGAAUUAUUAAGUUUAAUGCAAGAACAUGAAAAUUUACAAAAGAUUCCAGUUAUCAUGAUGAGUUCAGAUAAAGAAGAAGAAAAGGUGGCAACAUGUAUUGCAAAAGGAGCAAAAGAUUACAUAUUCAAGCCACUAAGAGUACAAAAUGUAAAAGCUAUUGCAAAAUACGUACAGUACAAAGAUUAAGGAGAUAAAAAUUCUAAUCUAGUCGGAAUUUAAUAAUAUAAGGUUCUUAAAACAUUAGGUUAAGGUGCUUCAGGAAGCGUAGAGUUAGUGUAAAAAAAUGAUGGAAAUUUAUAUGCAUUAAAGACUAUAUCCAUGAAAUAUAUGAAUGAUACAGAAAAAAGAUCUGCUCAAUCAGAAGUUACUUUGCUAAAGGUCUUAGUUGCACCAACUAUUAUUCGUUAUUAUGAAGCAUUUGUCUAAAAUGAUUCAAUUUAUAUAGUUAUGGAAUAUGCAAAAGAAGGAGCCUUAAGCGAUAAAAUACAAGAGCAUAAAACUAAAGGCAUAAGGAUAGAUGAAGAAACUAUUCUUUACUUUACUGCAUAGAUCGUCAUAGCUUUGUUCUUUAUGCAUUAAAAGAAAAUUCUUCAUAGAGAUAUUAAGUCUCAAAAUCUUUUUUUAACUAAAGAAAAUGUAGUUAAGCUAGGAGACUUUGGUAUUUCUAAAGCUCUUGGAACAAAUGCUGAUUUCACUAAAACCUUGGUAGGAACUCCUUAUUUUAUGUCUCCUGAAGUGUGUGCUGGUUAAUCUUAUGGAGACAAAGCAGAUAUUUGGGCUUUAGGUUGUACUCUAUAUGAAAUGGUCAUGCUUCGUAGACCUUUUGAUUGUGAAAAUAUAAACACUCUCUUUACUAUGAUCAGAUAAUAAGACCCUUCUCCUUUGCACGAUAACUGCAGUACAGACAUUAGAAUGCUAAUUACUCUCAUGCUUAACAAAGAUCCACUAAAAAGACCAUUUAUUUGGGAUUUAGUAAACAUUCCAAUCAUAAAUAAGAAUAUUAGAAAAUAUCAUUAGCAAGAAGCUCCUGAUGAUCCCUUUUUGAUAGAAUUAUUGAAAAGACCAACUUCAGGUAAUCCUCUUUCAAUGCCUAAUACUCCAUCCAACUCUAACUCCUCCACUUAACCGCCAGCUAACUCUAACUCGGUAGCAAAUAACAACUCAAAUGUCUCUAACAACCCAUAAGAAGCAUAAUGUAAUACUUUAGAAUAAAUUAGUAAGGCUAUGAGUGAAGAAUUAAAACCUUACGACCAAAAAACAGGAAUGUUUCAUGUGGAAAGAAAUGUAAUCAACGGAAAACAAAUUUUUGAUUGGUUUAAUAAAUAUUAUCCAAAUUAUCAAACUUCUCAGCUUGUAGAAUUACUCUAAAAUUUAGUAGAAAAGAAGUAUAUUCAUCAUAUAUCAGGUCCACAGUAUGAAGCAAAUGUUAAUUCAUUAUUCAGAUUCUAAUUUGAUAUGCCUGGUAUACCUUAAAACUAUUACAAAAUAUGGAGCAAAUAAGCAAGAGCACCUAGUGAUAUAAUGUAAGAGAUAAUUUAAUAGGCUAAUUUCGUUCUCUAAGAAAUUUGCGAAUAAUACACAGGAGUGAUAUCAGAAGAUAAGCUUAUCCAAAGUAAGAAAUAUACAAAAUUCUAGGAAAUGGUGUGUGAACUUCAAAAAAUUUACUUGCAAGACCUUACUUAAGAAGAUUAAAGAAAAUCUUUCUUCUUGAAUCUGAUUUAAAUAAUGUAAUUUCACCAGUUUAUGAAAGAAAAGUAUGACCAUAAAAGAAAUGAAUAAAAAAAAAAUGUAUCAACAAUUCUAGAUUUGAUCUAAUCAUUUCUUCCAUUCUUUAAAAAAUAAUAAAAAUUUGAGUACAGAAUUGGGCAUUAAACUUUUUCUAUAGAAGAUGUGAAACAUGGAAUUCUAAGGUGUAAUAAAAAGCAUAAAGGAAGUAGCUUCCGUCCAUUUACUGGAAGCGAUGAUAAAUAUCAGCUCAUUUAAUAGUAAGAUUUAAGAGUUCUUAUUCUUUUUAAAGAAGAAAAUGCUUCACCUUCACCUUUGCUUUUCAUAACACCUGAAACAUUUGAGGAGCAACUGAAUCAACUUUGUGCUAAAUUUAUGAGCAGAUUUGUUUGCUAUGAUAGGGUUGAGAACGAUCUAACUUUGCAUAAAAUAUUUUAAAUAUAUCAAAAUGACUUUGGAAAAGAUUAAUCUGAUACAAUAAAAUGGGCUUCGAAAUAUACUAAGGGUAUAGGAAAUGUAAACGAUCUCAUAUCAAGCAUUUAACAAGGAGAAGUCUUUAUAUAAUUCUAAGAAAAGUUUGAAAUCUGA